GGCGGCGAGGCUGAGCGUCGGGCGUGGCCCCGCGGUGGAGCGGCGCGUCGCGUCGAGGCGUCGGGCGGUGUCUAGCAGCCGGUCUCGCGGCGCAUUGGGCCGGCCCCGCGCGGUGGAGCGGCGCGUGGCGUCGCGGCGUCGGGCGGGGCUAGAAGCCGGUCUCGCCGCGGCGCACCGGGUGGCCGGCCCCGCAGGUCUCGGCGGCGCAUCGGGCCGCGCGCGCGAGCCACCAGGAGCCCCGGCGACAUGCACUGGGUGGCGCAUCGCCGCGUCGUCGCGGCGGCGGGCGGCGGGGCGGCGACGCGCCGCCCCGGGUUCAAGCGGGGAUGCGCCCAUCGCCGUUCGUUGCUCGAACAGAUCGACGGCGAGGAUCGAAGCGUGUGGUGGCGUAGCCGAUACGCGUCGUGAGCUGGCGAGCCACGUGGGCCCGCACCGCGUCCACGUGGCUUCCACUUUCCCUCCACGUCUCCUCCUGCCCCUUGCUAAUCCUUCCUUGCAGGGGAGGGGAAUCUGCCGCUUUCCUCAUCGUCGGCUCCACUUCCACUUCCUCUUCCUCCUCCUCGAGGACGAGGAGGAAAUUGGCAGCUGGAGGCUUGGAGCGCGCUGCAUCAUCCCGCCCGCCCUGCUGCUGCGGCGAUCGCCGGAGCAGGGCUGCAGGGGAUCCCCACGGCCGCAGCAGCUGUUGUUAUCUGCCUGCAGAUUCUGUGUGGGGAUGGAGGUGGUUCUGCAUGAGGGGGAUGCCAAAGAUUGGGUUUACAAAGGAGAAGGUGCAGCGAAUCUAAUCCUCAGCUACACUGGCUCGUCACCUUCUAUGCUUGGCAAGGUUCUGCGAGUCAAAAAGAUUCUAAAAGACAAGGGACAACCGGCACCAAACUGUAUAGUCUUCUCAAGUCAUGAGGAACAUCUGUGGGGCAAGAUCCCAGGAUUGUUGGAAUCUGUUAAAAAUGAUUGCUUGCCACAAGCCUAUGCUACAAUUGUUAUGAGCCAACAUUUGGGUGCCAAUCAUGUUGAUGGCGGGGUCCGUGUACGUGUGUCUAAGAACUUUUUCGAGCUUGCUGGAAAGAAUGUGCUUGACAACCGUCCUGCAUGGAGAGUGAAUGCUAGUGCAAUUGAUGCUGGAGCUGAUUCUGCUCUUCUAAUUUCUGACCACACAUUAUUUUCCGGUAAUCCUAGAGGAAGCAGUUGCAUAGCAGUGGAGAUAAAGGCAAAAUGUGGAUUUCUUCCGUCAUCUGAAUACAUAUCGAAGGAGAAUUCUAUCAAGAAACAAGUAACACGGUAUAAGAUGCAUCAGCACCUAAAAUUUCAUCUGGGAGAGAUAUCGAAGACAAGUGAAUACGAUCCCCUAGAUUUAUUUUCUGGAUCAAAAGAAAGAAUACAUAUGGCUAUCAAGUCAUUUUUUUCAACUCCUCAGAACAACUUUAGAAUUUUUGUGGAUGGUUCUUUAGUUUUUGGUGGCAUGGGAGGUGGCGCAGAUAGUGUUCAUCCUAAUGAAACAGAGAAAUGUCUUGAAGAUCUGAGCAAGGUUACUGGCUUACAACUAUCUGACUUUAUUGAGCUCCUGUCAGAGGCAAUCUUUAAGUCUGGAGUGUUGGGUAAACUUUUAGCCACUCAAAAACUGGAUGAUCAUGACAUCGAAGGGGCGAUUCAUCUGUACUAUAACAUCAUUUCUCAGCCUUGUUUGGUAUGCAAAAGUAUAACUGAUACAGAACUUCUGCGCAAGUACUCCACCUUGCAUUCUCUUCCAUUGGACAAGAGUGAGAAGAUUGUCAGGGACUUUCUUAUCUCUGCUACUGCAAAAGAUUGUAGCCUAAUGAUCAGCUUUCGACCAAGACAGAGUGGAACAACAGAUUCUGAGUACGAUUCUGUAUUUCUUGAUUCAGUGAACCAAAGCUAUGAUUACAAGGCAUAUUUUAUUGAUCUGGAUGUGAAACCCUUGGAUAAGAUGGUACAUUACUUUAAAUUGGAUCAAAAGAUAGUCAAUUUCUACACUAGAAAUGGAGAAGUUGGGGGAGAUCCACGUGAUCCUCCAAAGGGAUGUGGCCCUAGGUGACACAAAGGUUCAGCUCCAAAGGUUCAGCUCCAACAUUGACGACCUUGAAAUAUAAAGGGCAUAGGACAAGUGUCUGUUGUAUCUUGGUGAUUGUUGUGUUUCUACAAGUGUGCAUGUCCAAUGUGCAGGUUCUCCUCCCUUCUAGGGAAAACGUGUAAGAGAGUGGUAGUUGUUGUAGUACAUCCUGUAUACCGUGUGGUUUGCCUCAGCAGUAGGCCGAAUUUUCAGUAGACAAACAUUAAGAAGAGUUAAUAAACUGUAUACUGAGGCAUCCACGUUUACCUUGGAAAUCUAUGAUAAAUUCCCGUAUACUCAGCUUGCUGUGAAUC